UCUGGGACUCGGUUACAACGUGAACGUCACCACCGAUAAAUAUAUAUAUUUCUUUAAUUUUUUGCUGACAAGGGUGUUUUCCCUUGUGAAUGAAAAUGAUAGAAAUAUAGAAGAUGAAGUUAGAGCGUGUUGUGGCAUAUUCUGGAAACGUAUUUUUUUAGAGUUCUGUGGUAUAUAUAGCAAUGAUAUGUACGAGCACGUUCAUUCUAUGUACUAUCAUGCCUAUGAGUGAGUUGUCAAAAAUAACUGGUGACCGCCACGAACGACUGAAAACGAAACUUUUGAAUACGUCAGACUUAGGCUGGGCCGUCAUAAUCUUCCCGUGGGUAAAAUACCGUGAGAAAAACACCGUGAUUUCAUCGAGAAUUCGCCGGAAAAUAUAUUUAAGUCUGCCUCCGCAGACUUCAGCCGCUUUUCCCUCAAUUCAAGCGAAUGAAAAGCCAUCUUUUAUCAUCUUUGGAAAUGGAUAGAGAGGAAAGAGACCUUAUCAGCGAAAAUAUCACCCAACUUGUAGAGGAUGUUAUUCCAGUAGAUAUGUUGCCUUACCUACCUUGCCUGACAAAGAGUGAUAAAGAGAAGAUAAAGUGUGAAGAGACAAAUCAUGGUUCCAUGAGAGCUGCACAAGAACUGAUAGAUAGACUGGUUCGAAGACGAAAUUCCUUUCGCCAGUUUAUCGAGGCUCUUUGUGAGACUGGAUGCCGACAUUUAGCGGAACAGCUAUUUCCAUUACAAUUUCACGAAGGUAAGUUAAAAUCAGAAAUUUUUACAUCUAAAUUACGAGUGCAUAAAAAUAUGAUGAGAUUAAUUAAUGGCGAAAUAUGAUUUACAAAGCAAAACUUAUCCAGGAUCUUACUUAAGUAUAUGUAGUUUUGUUAUCAACUCGAAACAAUCAUUUAAGCCGCCUGAGUCGCGGCAAUAAAUCGACUCAAAAUCCACAUUGCUUAGAAAGAAAUGCAUGACCGAAGCAACGUAGGGAUUUUUAUUGAAAAAAAAAUCUAGCAGUUUCUGGUUCUUACAUGCCAUCGUUUUUCGUAACAAUUUCUGUUGCGCUGUACAAAGGUAUAAUUAUAUAGAUGUACGCGUUCAUGGCACCACCAUUAGUGCAGUAAACCUAAACUGGCCGAAGUUAUUACAACAUGUGAGACAUCCUUUUCAUUUUAGACACCUUUUCACUGUUUUAUCUCACACAUCCCACUCUCCUAGUAUCUAAUGUUUCUAAACUUGUGUAAUUGCGAAUUGCUUUGUUUGGGAUCUCAUCUUCCCUUGCUGCGCAAAGUAGCCGUGUGAACUCACUUUCGUUUUCCCAAUCGCACAGGAAAUGAACAAGAGAACGUCAUAAGGGAUGAACGAGAUGACAGAACGCAAGGAAUGAUCGUAGCAGAUUUCAGUACUCAAGUAAGAUAUCACUCAUGUAAAACUACAUUUUAUUGCUCAUUUCUCGCCAUCCUCAUACUCCUCGUAAUGAUAUACUUUUAUGCGAACCAGUGUUAAGACUGCUCUUGGGUAGCACUUUGGUUCGAAGAAAGGUCAAACCAAGAAUUUGACUUUGGGCUCGAUUCUGGAAAGUUUUUCUUGGGAGAGGGAAGGGGGGGAAUAAGCGUGGAUGAUGAUAGCGAUAAAAUACUGACGUUCUUCUCAUCUUCAUGCCAACAGAUUGCACUUGAUGACGUCAAUCACGCUUGACUGUGCAAAAAGGCAAAAACAAUUCAACCGUAAGUUGUGUGCACAAAGGUCCACAUAAUAACAUUUCUCUAGAAAUUCCUAGGCUACCGUCAUAUUCUCGUCAAGGUUUAUUAAUCUGUUAGCCAAGGCUUGUUUUAAAACUGAACUUCCGUUUUCGGUCUCAUGCAUAACCUUAUUGUCUGAUUUUCGUUAUAUGUCUGCCAUCUGGGCAUAAAAAAAACUUAUUUCAAGCCCUUUCUAAUGAUAUGGAAAUAUUUAGAGUAAAAUAUUGUAACAGUUGUAUAUAUCAUAUUCAUUUUCAGUAGCCGCAGUAGUGCUCUUCGGUGGGCUAGUGCUUUGCAAACAAAGUUCUGGGAAAAUGUUUGGUCAUGAAACUCUGUGUGGAACGCAGUGUUGAUGCGCUCUAUACCCAUGUGCUUGCUUUUACGUGUUUAGUUGCAAUUGUCAAUUGGAAUAAAGAUAUUUCGGAUCAGCCAUAUGAGGAAACCGAUCCAUUCCAAGCACACCAUUAGGACUGCACAACUAGUUCCAGUAACGUAAGAGUACGUGCCUUUGAACUUGUUACAUGUCAACGACAAGAAGAAGAUCUUGAUAUCAUUGCUGUUAGUAACUUUUGAUGCUUUUGUUGUUGUUUUCGAAUCAUCAAAGUCAAUUGCCUGAUUAAUUAUGUGACAUCGAUUAAAAAAUUCGUUUCUGGGUGACUCUGCUGCAACAGCAGCAAUGGAAACUCUCAUAAGAAAACUUUUGGUAUUAACACAGUUUGGCAAAUGUCUAAGUUAAUUCUGAUGGCAUUUGCUAAACUCUUAUUGACUAUUCCUAGGUAAAGUAUUUUGAAAGUUUCCGUACAGAUUAUGUAUGGUUUUUGAAAUAAAAGAACUCAUGACGUCUUCAUCUACAAUACAACUGAUUUGAGCAGUUUUUAAGUCGAAUGAUAAUUGUUCGUUAAUAAAGAAGCUGUACAUAUAAUAACGUCAAUAAAUUAGCACCUUU